UAUACUGAGAGAUAAGUCAACAGAUGACUUAAGACGGGCAUAUUUGGACGCAGAGACCAGCGAUGAAGACCAGACUCCAAUUAAAAGCGAUAAGGAAACAGAAAGACCCAAGGAAAUGUCACUGAGAACGACUUACGACCGCGAGGAACUUAAAAAACUGAUUGGUUUUGUUAAAAAUAUGACAGCGUUAUCAAACCUCGAUGAAAAUUAUUGGAACGAUUCGGCAUCAGUUAUUGAAGAUAUAGAACUAUUUUUAACGAACACCCAUUUAAAAGUUUUAACUAUUUUUUUUAACAAAAAUAUUUUAACGAGUGACUUUAAUUUUACGAAUCUCAACCAUCACGCCGGAGAACUCGCGUAUUUUAUACGCAAAAAAGACCAAGCUUUUCACGCUGAUACUUUUCACGAGGAAAUUAUUUUCGGAACAAUUGACACCAGAAACAUAGAAGCGACAAUCAUUGCACUCACAAGCAAGGUUCUUGCACCGAUUUUUAUGAAUAUUUACUCGUGGAACAACAGGACUAAUUUACGGGGACUGAAUCACCAAAUAAAAAGCGCACAAGUUCAACACAUCCUGAACAUCCUAUCACAAGCAAACUCGGGUCAAUUGGAGCAGUUUGUGCUGCUGAAUAACGAGAUAGAGCUCCGCACAAAAGAAGCUGAGACAAACAUCGAGUUUUUGGAGCUAUUGAAAGGUCCUUGCGAGGACUUGAACGAAAUAACGAAACCCGAAGACCUUUUGGAGCUUCUGCCAAAAGUUUUACAUGUCUUCCGCUACAUCUGGCUCAACUCCACGUUCUACAGCGAGCGAGCCUAUCAUCUGAUGAAAAUGAUCAACAAUCAAGUGAUAAACCUGAAUCGCGGAUUCGUCAACCUGGACGACAUUUUCGAGCACAAGAAGACGCGCGAAGGGAUAGAAAUUCUCGAAAAGUGCAUUGGAGCAUGCGCAAAUUACAAAGAUCUCUAUUGGAAGGCAAUUUUAAUCAUAAAUCUAUUAGCUCGUUCGUGUGCUAUCAGAUAUAAGCAGACUCACAGCGGCUUAACAUCAAACACUUGGGAUUUGGAUGACAAAGAAGUUUUUCACUACGUUGAUAUCUUCGUCAAGAGAUGCAGAAAUCUUAUUGAAAUAUGCUACGCUAUGAUCGAUUUUGCCCAAUUGGAUGAAAAGGCGGAAACAAUCCGGGGAAUUUUCAGUGGAACGAAUGGCAAAGAAUAUGAGAGAGUUUGUAAUAAAAUAGAGAAACGUUUUUUGGUUUAUUUACAAACACUGAGACUUAAAGCUCCGAAGAUAUUAGACGUUGAAGAGCCCACCUGGCAUGACGACAUGUUCGCAUUCCAGAACGAGAUGAAGGACUUGGAGAUUACAAUCGAGAACCUCGUGAACCUCGUGUUCAGAGACAUGAAUAAUGUACAUCAAGGCAUUAGCAAUCUCGCCGGAUUUCAAAUUUACAUGAAUCGAAAGAGCUUGAAAACUUUUUUUGACUCAAUAAUAACCAAAAUCUGGCUCCUGUUUGCAAGCGACAUCCAAGCAGUGAAACAAGAGCUGGUGGAGGAGCGAAACGAGAGCCCGUCAAACACUCCAUAUUUUUCUGGACGGGCACUAAGCUUGAAGCUGAAAAGCAAGCGAUUAGAAGCGACUAGACAGCGGCUCUUGGAGACAAAAUGGGCUGGACAUUGCGGAAUUAGUUGUAAAGUGUGCCAUCAACAGGAGAUGUUGGUCGGUUCCAUCAGUGAAACGAUCUUUCGGCUCUAUCACGAGUGGAUGGAUGACAUCGGUGAUAAUCCAAAGAGCCGGUUGGAUCGAUACUUGAUGCGACGGAGCGACGAUAAGCCGGGACUGCUGGAGUCCAACCUCGAUCCAAACCUUGUGAAUUUAUGCCGCGAGGCGAACUAUUGGCAGAACCUAGGCUUCCAAAUUCCCAUUUACGUACAGAUGAUCUAUGAUAAGUGGGACACGCUACAGUUCGUUUCUGAGAGCGUCCUUAUGCUUGUCCGUGCAUACAAUAGGAUACUUGAUGCUCUUUCGCCCCAAGAGAAGGCUUUUUUUCGGCGCCAUAUUAAGAAUCUUGACGAAAAAAUUUACCCUGGAUUACGCAAGCUCACUUGGAACUCUGAUUUGAUUGAGGUUUACGUCAAAAAAUGCUACGAAUUUACUACUGAUUUAACUUUCGAACCUCCCCUCGACGAAAGCGCUCAAGUAAUAAGUAGUAUCUUCAAAACUCUUCUGGAACCUCUAAAAAGUGUCCUAAGAUUCCCCGAAAAAUUCAGUCUAGGCCGUUACGGAGUAUCCAGUCUCUGGCGAACAUUCAGAGAAGACGAUUCUCUUCUCCAUUUCCAAAAACUGCUUGACAAGGAAAUUGAAGUUUGUUUCAAUUUUAUUCAAGAUUAUCUAAAGACCUGGGAGCCGUUUCGCGACAUUUGGGAAGUUGACAAAAAUUCCUUUAUUGCAAGAAUAAGCAGAGAACCAACAGACUUAAUCGAGAUGCAAGCAACGUUGCAAUUGUUCGAGAGACUCCGGGCUGAAAUUCCGUGGAAAGAGGAAGAAUUUCCCAAGAUACGAGAACAGUACCAGAUUCUAGAGAAAUAUGAGGUACAAAUGAGUCGAGAGUUCAAGAGGAGAGUCAAGGAGCUCAAGAAGAGUUGGGAUAGUUACGUUGAAUUUUUGUCUAAUUAUGCAACAACGAUUCGAGAGAUUAAGCAUUUAUCGGUAAUAAUAUUUAUAGAUGCUCGCACUUGGUUGGCUGAUUUUCAACAAGAGUUAAACAGAUUGAAACAAGUUGGAAAUGAGCUUAAGAGUAACCUCACUAUUUUUGAGGCGACUUUUGUCGGCUCUGAAGAGCUGGAUAAGAUUGAGAGGGAAUUCACAGCAAUUCAACUUGUUUGGGAACUGACCAACAAAUGGGACGAGUCAUGGGAGCGGUACAAAACGGUUAACUUCUGGACGAUAGAAACCGAUGAAAUGGAAUCAGUCGGAACAAAGUUAUUCAAAAAAUUCACCCGAUUGUCAAAAGAACUUCAGGUCAAAAACUGGCCAAUAAUUGAAUCAACGAGAUCAAGGAUAGACGAAUUCCGUCGGACAUUACCGCUAAUAAUCGAUCUAAAAAACCCUGCAAUGCGUGAGCGACACUGGGACAAAGUGAAAUUAAUCAUUGGACAGGACUUUGACGAGUCGUCCGAGGAAUUUACUCUCUCUUUGAUAAUGAAACUAGGAUUUCAAAAUUAUUCGGAUGAAAUCUCGGAUAUUUCGACCACCGCUUCCAUGGAAUUAAACAUCGAACAAGGCUUAAGAAACAUCGCUGCAGCAUGGUCGACCCUAAAACUGGAAAUGACACUUAACAAAGAAACUGGAAUUUAUCGAUUACAAUCAGUGGACGAGAUCUUGCAGACUUUAGAGGAUCACCAAGUCCAGUUGUCAGCAAUGAAGUCAACGAGGUUCGUCGAGCCCUUCGUAAACGACGUAGACCAAUGGGAAGGGACUUUGUCAAGGAUUGCCGAUUUACUUGAAGUAAUGCUUCUAGUCCAAAAAGACUACAACUACCUGGAUAACAUAUUCCGCGCAGAAGAUAUAAGGAAGCAAAUGCCAAACGAAACAGACAGCUUUGAUGCAUUAACCAUCCAAUUCAAAGAAAUUUACAGUCAAAUGGCUGCAGCCCAGAAUGUCGUUCAAGCUUGUCACGAUUCGAAUACCAUGCUUAGGCAGCUGAAUAAACUCACCGAUGACAUGGACUCGAUUCAGCGAGCACUUGAGAGGUAUUUGGAAACUAAGCGUCAUGUUUUUCCGAGGUUCUACUUUAUUUCCAAUGACGAUCUUCUUGAGAUAUUGGGCAACGCUAAACGCCCAGAUUUUAUUCAGAAGCAUAUCAAGAAACUCUUUGGCAACAUUCAUGCUUUGAAGAUAUCUAAGAUGAUUACUGGGAGACAUCUGGCGGAAGGAAUGAUCUCGGCUGAAGGAGAGUAUGCGGGGUUCCUUCGAGCUGUAGUUAUGGAGGGACCGGUGGAGAAUUGGUUGUGCAAAAUUGAAACGGGGAUGCGAGAGUGUCUGAAAGAGGUUCUAAGAGAGUGUCGUUCGGCGCUGAGAAAAAUCCAGGAUAAGCGGGACAAGUGGGUGAAGGAGUGGCUGAGUCAACCGGGAAUAACGUCCACUCAGAUACAGUGGACAAGCGACUGUACACGAGCACUUGUACAUUGCAAAGCAAUGGAGUCUAGGAAACCACUGAGAAAACUACGAAAACGGCAAAAUCAAGCGCUCGCUAAGUAUUCAGAAGCGAUUCGUAGUGACGUUGAUAAACUGCUGAGGAUCAAGCUCAAAGCGAUCGUCGUUAUUGAAAUUCAUGCGAGAGAUGUCAUUGAAAAAUUAUAUAAAUUACGUUGUAAAGAAGUUACUUCUUUCGAUUGGCUGUCACAACUCCGUUUCUACUGGGAUCGCGGCCUCGAUGACUGUGUAAUCCGGCAAACAAACACCAGCUUCAUCUAUGGAUACGAAUAUCUGGGAACUUCUGAGCGCUUAGUCAUCACUCCGCUGACAGACAGAUGUUACAUAACUUUGACAACAGCACUCAAUCUGUACCGCGGCGGGUGCCCCAAAGGACCAGCUGGUACGGGAAAAACAGAAACAGUUAAGGACCUCGGAAAGGCUUUAGGUCUGAAUGUCAUCGUGCAAAACUGCUCAGAGGGGCUGGAUUAUAAAAGUAUGGGGCGAUUGUUCGCCGGUCUAGCGCAAACUGGUGCUUGGGGUUGCUUCGAUGAGUUCAACAGGAUCAAUAUCGAAGUGCUGUCGGUUGUCGCCCAGCAAAUUCUCUCCAUCUUUACGGCACUUGCUCAGAAGUUAACGAGAUUUAUCUUUGAGGGCAAGGAUAUUUUCCUUGUUCGAACCACCGGAAUUUUCAUCACCAUGAACCCUGGCUACGCCGGAAGGACAGAAUUGCCUGACAAUCUUAAAUCCAUGUUUAGACCAAUCUCCAUGAUGGUUCCCGACAGCGCUAUCAUAGCCGAGAUAAAUCUUUUUGGAGAGGGAUUUGAGGACACGAGAAUUCUAGCCAGAAAGGUAUUCACUUUAUACACACUUGCACAACAGCAGUUGAGUAAGCAGCCUCAUUAUGACUUUGGUUUACGAGGAAUAGUAACGUUGACACGUUAUGCCGGGAAGAAAAGACGCCAAUACAGCCACUUACCAGAUGAAGAGAUAAUCAUCUUAUCGAUGAACGACAUGAACAAGUCAAAAUUAACUUCUGACGAUCUUCCAUUGUUCACCAAUAUCACUACAGAUUUAUUCCCCGAGAUAAAAGUUCCUAAAGUAGAUUAUGACGAAUUUAUCGAGUACAUUACUAAAGAAGCUAUUGGCUUGAAUUUGCAACCGAUUCCGAUGCUCCUGACAAAAGUUAUAGAAUUGUUCGAGACGAAAAAUUCUCGGCACUCGACGAUGAUAGUCGGGGAAUCGAAUACCGGUAAAUCAACGACAUGGAAAAUUCUAAAGAAGACACUGACAUCGAUGAGCCAGGAUGGAAAAAAGGGAUUCAAUAUUGUAAGUGAUUUUCUCAUUAAUCCAAAGGCAUUAAACUUGGGCGAGCUGUACGGGGAGUAUAAUCCUUCAACUAGUGAAUGGUCAGAUGGAGUAAUAUCCUCCAUUAUGCGAACGACCUGUACGGAUAAUAGCCCUGAUGAAAAGUGGAUCAUUUUCGACGGUCCCGUGGAUGCAUUGUGGAUCGAAAAUAUGAACAGCGUGAUGGAUGACAAUAAAAUCCUGACGCUUAUUAAUAAUGAACGCAUAACAAUGACGGAACAAGUGUCGCUGCUGUUCGAGGUCCAGGACUUGGCUGUUGCCUCCCCGGCGACUGUUUCUCGAGCGGGGAUGAUUUAUAAUGACUACAAGGACUUGGGGUGGCGACCCGCCGUUAAUUCUUGGCUUGGGAGCUAUAAAACAAAACAGGAGGAAUUUGUCCAUGAAAUGGAUCUAUUGUUCGAGAAUUAUCUUGACAAAAUAUUGGAGUUCAAACGGACUAAAUGCAAAGAAUUGGUUGCUGUUAAUGAGCUCAAUUCUGUCGAAGGUUUAUGCAAGCUUCUAAGCGCGCUUGCUACUGAGGAAAAUGGACUAAUUUAUGAUGGAGACAAAGAUAAUUUUAGCUUCAUCUGCAAAAUUUGGUUCCUAUUUUGCGUGAUUUGGUCAGUGUGCGCGACGGUUGACGAAGAAGGACGACGUAAAAUGGAUAAUUACAUCAGGGAGAUAGAGAAUAUUUUUCCUCUCAAGGAUACCAUUUACGAGUAUUACGUUGACGUAAGACAACGCGGUUUUACCUCGUGGGAAGAAAAAUUGUCAUUGGCUUGGAGAUAUCCUACUGAAGCACCCUUCCACAAAAUAAUAGUACCAACUGUUGAUACAGUCCGGUAUGACUAUUUACUAAACGCACUACUGACUCACGGAUGCCCAGUGCUGCUAGUAGGAGCAGUGGGGACCGGAAAAACCUCAAUGGCCCAAUCAAUAUUGGAGUCCUUGGACAAAAGCAAGUACAGUGUCCUCACGAUAAAUAUGUCGGGACAAACAAGCGCCAAUAAUAUUCAAGACGCGGUGGAAAGCCGUUUGGAGAAACGAAUGAAGGGUGUUUAUCUCCCCUUCGGUGGUAAAACACUCAUCACGUUUAUGGAUGACUUUAAUAUGCCGAGCAAAGAUACUUAUGGGUCUCAGCCCCCACUUGAAUUGAUACGACAGUGGAUUGACUACAAAUUUUGGUACCAUCGCAAGAAACAAACCCAGAAAUUUAUCGAGAAAAUGCAACUAAUCUGCGCUAUGGGGCCUCCCGGCGGUGGUCGUAGCACUAUUAGUAAUCGAAUAAUUACUAAGUUUAAUGUAAUAAACAUAACUCUGCCCAUACAAAAACAGACCCUGCUAAUCUACAGCACAAUGCUGAAUCAACAGUUGCUUGACUUUAAUCCAGAAGUCAAAGGAAUUGCCAAAGAUAUCACCCUGUCGACUAUCGAAAUCUACAAUAGUGUACUCAAGAUAAUGUUGCCUACUCCAGGAAAAAUGCAUUAUCUGUUCAAUCUUCGAGAUAUAUCAAAGGUAUUCCAAGGACUUUUACGAAGCCACAAAGAUUACCAAUAUUCCCGGUGGACAUUUCUCCGUCUGUGGGUUCACGAGAUUUUCCGAGUGUUCAGCGACCGGCUGAUUGACGACCGAGACCGUGAUUGGCUGAUUUCAAAGGUGAAUGAACAGCUGGGCAAAUACUUUGAGCUGACAUUUAAGGAUCUCUGCCCGGAAAAACGGUCUCCUGUAUUUGGUGCCUUCAUGAACGCCUGGAACAUAUACGAGGACUUGCAGGACAUGGACCCAGUGCGUUGUCACAUUGAAAGACAGAUGGAGGAGUAUAACACCUCACCGGGGGUAGUCAGACUCAACCUGGUUCUUUUUGGCGAAGCUGUCGAGCACAUUUGCCGUAUUGCUCGAGUUAUUUCUCAACCGCGGGGCAACAUGCUGCUUGUUGGAAUUGGUGGUAGUGGAAGGCAAUCUCUGUCGAAAAUAGCCAGUUACAUAACCGAACUGAGGGUCUUUCAAGUGCAAGUAACUAAGCAGUACGGUGUUCCAGAAUUUCGUGAAGAUCUCAAGAGACUUUACUCGAUGACAGGAGUGGACAACAAGCCAACGAGUUUUCUUUUCCACGAUUCUCAAGUCGUCGAAGAGCUGUUCCUUGAAAUCGUCAACAGCAUGCUAGGGACCGGCCAAGUUGGUAACUUGUACAAACCCGACGAAAUUGAAGAGAUUAAAAACUCGCUGAUGAAAGAGGCACUGAAAGAAGGAAUAAUUCCCACUACGGAAUCGAUUCUGCUGUUCAUGAUCGAGCGCGUACGUGCUAAUAUGCACAUUAUGCUCUGUAUGAAUCCAAUCGGGGAAAAGUUUCGGAAUCGUUUGAGGCAAUAUCCGUCGUUGAUAAAUUGCACGACCAUCGACUGGUUUCUUGCUUGGCCUAGAGAAGCACUACUGGAAGUCGGCAACAAGUUCCUCAUGAAUCUCAGCUUCGUUACGACAAUCACUGGGGUGGACAAACCGGAGCCCAGGAGGUCAACAGCAGCAGCACCACCAAUUUAUUCACUCCAAGAACGCAUGGUAGAGGGUGUUACCGCGACCUUUGCUCUAAUUCACGACACCGUGAUACAGUACUCGAGAAGAAUGGUAAUAGAGAUGUCGAGAUACUGCUACGUGACACCGGGAAAUUUUCUUGAGCUGGUUGUUGGCUACAAAAAAAUGCUCGAGAACAGAAGACGAAAAGUUGCCGAGCAAGCGAACAAACUUAACGGCGGUCUCACUAAGAUCAAUGAAACUAAAGACAAGGUAAAUGACAUGGCUGUUGAACUAGAAGUGACACAGAGACAGGUGCUCAAAGCGACCGAGGACUGCGAGGAGUAUCUCCUGACAAUAGUCACCCAGAAACGGAACGCGGAUGACACCCAGAAGAAUGUCACUGCCAGGUCGCUUCGCAUUGAGAAGGAGUCCGAGGAGUGCAAGAAGUUGGAGUCUGUUGCGAGAGCAGAUCUUGAAACUGUCGAGCCUGCUCUGGAUCGAGCUAUGAAGGCACUCGAUACUCUAAAUAAGAAAGAUCUCGCCGAGAUAAAAUCAUUUGCCCGACCACCCCCCGGCGUCGAAAUGGUACUAGAGGCCGUGAUGAUACUGAAAAACUCCGAGCCAAGUUGGGCGGAAUCCAAGCGACAACUGGGCGACGUCAAUUUCUUAUAUUCACUAAAAAACUUUGCAAAGGAUCGUAUCGCAGAUCGUACUUUGCGAGCCAUCAGAAAAUACACCUCAAGCCCAGAAUUCAAUCCCGAUAAAGUAGGCCAAGUAUCAAUCGCCGCAAAAUCACUUUGCAUGUGGGUAAUUGCGAUGGAACAAUACGGCAAACUCUACAGAAUAGUGGCGCCUAAAAGAGAGCGGUUGGAGCUGGCGCUAAAGUCGCUUAGGGAAAAAGAGAAGGCCUACAACGAGGCCGUAAUACAAUUGCAAAAGUUGCGUUCAGAGUUGGAGAGUCUAGAGCAAAUGUACGACGCGAAGAUGAAGGAAAAAGAAGACCUAAUUAGACUGGCUAAUCUGCUGAAGAUAAAGUUGGAACGAGCGGCGAUGCUAGUGGAUGGCCUCUCGGAUGAACAUCUUCGAUGGCAAGAGACAGUAGAGUCCUUAGGGGAGUUUUACGAGCGUCUACCCGGUGAUUGCCUCAUAUCAACUGCUUUCAUAUCUUACUUGGGUCCGUUCCUGUCCAAUUACCGCGAAGAACUCGUCCAGAUUUGGAUUAAAGAGAUUCUGACGAGAGAAAUUCCCUGUACUAGCAAAUUUGAUCUAAAGCAGUUCCUAAGCACUCCGACGACAAUUAGAGAGUGGAAUAUCCAAGGGCUGCCCUCCGAUGAAUUCAGUACCGAGAAUGGGAUCAUUAUAACCCAAAGCACGCGGUGGCCUCUUGUUAUUGAUCCUCAAUGUCAGGCAGUCAAGUGGAUCAAGAAUAUGGAGGCAACUAACAGUUUACGAGUCAUUGACUUUGCCACCCGGGAUUUCAUAAAGGUUUUGGAACAAGCGUUGCAGUUUGGAGAACCUGUGCUACUUCAAAAUAUUGGGGAACAUGUUGAUCCUAUUUUGAAUCCGGUUUUACAUAAAUCAUUUGCUAAAAUAGGUGAUGCAGUGAUGAUUAAAUUCAACGAUAAAAUGAUUAGUUAUAACGACAACUUCCGUCUAUAUAUAACAACGAAACUGGCAAACCCGCAUUAUAGUCCGGAGAUAUCAACCAAAACUGCAUUAUGCAACUUCGCCAUUAAGGAACAAGGUUUAGAAACUCAACUACUCGGUAUUGCGGUGAGAAAGGAGAGACCACAACUCGAAGAGCAGAAAGACAACUUGGUACUCAGCAUCGCCACGGGCAAACGAACUUUGGAAAAAUUAGAGGACAAGAUUUUACAUCUCUUGAGUAUAACUUCGGGCUCUCUGUUGGACGACCUAGACCUCUUGAACACAUUACAGACUUCAAAAAGUACCUCAACUUCUGUCGAAGAGUCGCUAGUUACCUCCCUGGCCACCGAAAAAGAAAUAGACAAAGCAAGAGAAGAGUAUCGCCCGUGCUCUAAACGUGCCACUAUUUUAUUCUUCAUUCUCAAUGAAUUGCACAUGAUAGACCCGAUGUAUCAGUUCUCGCUGGACGCUUACAUAAGCCUCUUCAUCCACUCGAUCGAUAAGUGCCCGAGGAAGCACAAGAUAAGCGAGAGAAUUGAAGCGCUGAAUGAUUUUCACACUUAUGCAGUUUACACGAACACGUGUCGCGGCCUGUUCGAGCGUCAUAAACUAUUAUUUUCAUUUCACAUGUGUAUUAAAAUACUUCAAGCCCAAGGGAAAAUAAAUCCGGUGGAGUAUUAUUUUUUAUUGAAAGGCGGAAUUGUUUUGGACCGAGAAAAUCAGCCCGAAAAACCAGUCACCUGGUUGUCUAGCGAAAAUUGGGAUAAUGUUACUGAGCUUGAUAAAUUUCCUGGACUUCAUGGGAUUGCUUCUUCGUUUGAAGAAAGAGCGCGUGAUUGGUACAAUUGGUACAUAACUACAGAACCAGAAUCAAUAUACCUGCCAGGAGGAUGGGAAGAGUCGCUGACAGAGUUUCAGAAAAUAUUGAUAAUCAGAAGCUGCAGAACCGAUCGCGUAAUAUUCAGCGUAACAAAGUUUAUAAUAAAUAAUUUAGGAUCGCGAUUCGUGGAGCCGCCAGUUCUGGAUAUCAAGGGAGUGCUGGAUGACUCGACAGCACAGUCACCCCUAAUAUUCAUCCUGUCUCCAGGCGUUGAUCCGACCGCGGCGCUGAUGCAAUUAGCCGAGAGUCAAGGAAUGGCACAGAGAUUUAUGACACUGUCACUUGGACAGGGACAAGCACCUAUUGCGACAAAUAUGAUUGAAGCUGGGUCGCAAGACGGGUCAUGGAUAUUUUUAGCAAACUGUCAUCUGUCACUUAGCUGGAUGCCGACGUUAGAUAAAAUUGUCGAGUCAUUAAUAAAUAAUGGACAUUUACAUCCUGACUUCAGACUAUGGCUGAGUUCAAGUCCGACUUCGGAGUUUCCUAUAUCAAUCCUUCAAGCGGGAGUUAAAAUGACUACAGAACCGCCUAGGGGUCUGAAAGCCAACAUGAAACGACUCUAUGGUUUAAUUACAACAACUCAAUUUGACGUUUGUCAGGCGAAAACUAAAUACAAGAAACUAUUAUUUGCGCUAGUAUUUUUCCAUUCUAUAUUACUCGAGCGCAAAAAAUUCCAACAACUUGGAUGGAACGUUAUUUACAGUUUCAACGACUCGGACUUCAAAGUGUCUGAUAAUAUCUUGCAAGUCUACUUGGAUGAUUAUCAAGAAGAAACUCCCUGGGACGCAUUAAAGUACCUGAUAGCUGGAGUGUGUUACGGCGGACACGUGACUGAUGACUGGGAUCGACGUUUGCUGAUGACCUACGUUGAUCAGUAUUUAAAUCCGGAAAUAUUUACAAAGAGUUCCUACCGGCUGUCAACAUCACCGAGCUACUACGUCCCACGUGAUGGAUCACUCGAGUCUUAUUGUGACUUUAUAACGAUGCUGCCUAGCACCGACAGCCCAGAAGUAUUUGGUCAGCAUAUAAAUGCAGAGAUAACGUCACUUAUCAUUGAGACACGUUCAAUGCUUGAAACUUUGAUGAGUCUGCAGAUUAAAGUGUCAACCAAUGAAAUUACAACCAGCAACAGCAGCAGUUACUCCAAAGAGGACAAAGUGAUGCAGCUAGCAGGUGACAUAGAGGCGAUGCUGCCUCAGAAUAUCGACUGGGAGACAGCUGAGAAACUAAUUGGAUCAACAAAUAAGACACCACUUAGUGUUGUAUUGCUUCAGGAAAUAGCGAGGUACAAUAUCCUACUUGAAUUGACGCGAGACAGUGUAAGAGAUUUACAAGCUGGGAUCAAAGGACUGAUAGUUAUGUCAGACGAGCUGGAAGAAAUAUUCAUGUGUGUAUACGAGGGUCGUGUUCCGUCAACCUGGCUGACAGCUUAUCCGUCCUUAAAACCCCUAGGCUCAUGGACCCGAGAUCUCAUCAGCCGUGUUCAACACUUGGCUAAGUGGGCGGAAACCACUCGUACGCCUUUACUCUUCUGGCUUGCCGCUUACACAUUUCCUACCGCUUUUCUUACUGCGGUGCUUCAAACUUCCGCGAGACUUCUCGGUUUAUCUAUUGAUUCACUCACUUGGGAGUUUAAUGUUAUCAAUACCGAGGACCCUAUUACGGAACCACCUGAGGACGGUGUUUACGUGAGGUCUAUUUAUCUAGAAGGUGCGGGCUGGAAUUGUAAAGCUGGAACACUGGUGGAACCGGCGCCGCUCCAGCUGAUCUGUGACAUGCCUGUCAUUCACUUCCGACCCAUUGAGUCGACGAGGAAAAAACCUAAGGACGUUUACAAUUGUCCUUGCUACUAUUAUCCUCUGAGAUCUGGGACGCAAUCUCAUUCAGCGUUUGUAGUCGCUGUGGAUUUGAAGACUGGACAGGAAAAUCCUGAUUUUUGGGUCAAGAGAGCCACAGCUUUAUUGCUAAGUCUUGCUGAUUAAAGCGGACUUAUUUAUUGUUAUUUUAAUACAGUUACUUUUGUCAAGUACUGAAGUAAAAUUAUUU